AUGAACGGCGACGAUUCAGGAGACGAGAACUCGCUGAAGGGCUUUUACGCAUACAAAAACACCUUCGAUGAGGAUACCAUCUGGAUGGACAUUCCUAAGAAUGUAACAUUCAUAAACACCACGAACCCAUAUUUGGAUCUGUGCACACCUGACUUUGGUUCCAUGUCAGCUAGCUCCAUGGAAUCACCAGCUCCCUUUGAGCCUCGGCCACUUCCAACAUGUCGUACAUCCAGCAACUUCCAUUCACAUCCAAGCACUCCAUCUAGUAUGGAACUGGGCUAUGGUCCAACAAGCGUACCCAUAUGCUACACACCGGAGCUUGAAACGUUACCACCUUUGAUGCAAUCAGCUCCAACAUCAGCCGUUGGUACACCCAUCUCACCACCUGUAUCACUUUGCAAUCGCCGCGUACAUCCCAUUAUGGAUUGUUCAGCAACACCACCUCCAAUUGACCCUCAACCCAACUCUCCAUACGACCCAUCUGCAGACUGUAUGCCUCGAACAAGCUCGAUUGCCAGCUCACGCCGAUCGUCCUCUCGAUUAGAUGCCGGCGAAUCAUUAAUUGAGAAGGAUCAUGAGAUCGCUUUUCUGCUACGAUGGUUCUCGGAGGGUCCAGGUUACUGGAUGGACUUCUUUGACCUGGGAACAUACUUCGCUUCGUAUGUACCAGUCAAAGCACGUGAGAACCAGUUGCUCAAGUACGCAGCAGUGGCUUGUGCGGCUAAAGCUCUCGCACGUGUCCAAGAAGGCAAGCCCGUCAUGGGAGGUAGUGUGACGCGUCGAGCUCGGAUGGAACUGUAUCCUGACGCAUCGCUAGUUGAUUGGAAGCACAAGGCAGCGGUGUUCUACGAUAAUGCCGUGUCACUCUUGCUUCAGGCGCUGAAGAACAACGCCAGCACCACGCCAGAUGACUCGGAUUGUGAGCUCAGGCAACACAUUGUCGACAUUGCUUACGGCUAUGACGUUCAGGCUCCUAAGCGGCGCCAGACUUCUAGCAAUGCCACUUUCGUGUCAAAUGCGGAUGAGCUGCUGGCAGCUUCGGCUAUUCUAUGUGUCUAUGAGUUCUUGGACACUUCUGUCUCAGAGUGGGCUAAGCACUUGAACGGUGCUAAGUCCCUUCUUGUCCUUGCUCAAGAGCGUAUGAUGCCCUUGCAAAUGCCGACACCAAGCUCGACAAUGUCAACCGCUCACUACAACUUCAUUUCCAAAGCUCGCAGAGCCAUUUUCUGGAACAUUGCCAGGCAAGACAUGCUUGCAGCCUUCAUUAACAAGACCCACACGAGGCUUGACACAGAGGACUUCUCACUCUGGAAAGAGGCAGGCCUUCUUCUCGAUGAGCAAGGCUUCAUCCUCCCCAGCAACACUACCGAAAGCGGUUAUCCGGACGAUGGCGAGAGCAUAAUGCGGGAAGAUCUUAUUUGCAACGCUCUCGUGUGGCUCAUGGCCAAGCUAGUAAACUUCAUGGCCGCCGGCGACGAGCUCAGCACCGACUCCAUGGGUAUCUCCUGUGUAGGUGUCCCGCAACGCACCUUACUUGACUAUUGGUUCAGUCUCCGCAAGCAAUUCGAAGCCUGGCACGACGGCCUGCCCAUCACGUUCCAGCCCUCAGCACGAGUCCCGCCCUCACGAAUCCUAGGACGCCUCCUCAAUGGCGAUAACGAGUCCAUGUUCACCGAAGUAUGGUACAGCAUCCCCAUGUGCGCAUCCACCAUGCAAACAUACCACAUGAGCCAGAUUUUGCUCUACAUGAACAAGCCUCACGAAUCCACCCAAGGCCGCAGCACCGUCUGCGCACGCCUCAAUUCCUAUUAUUCCGUCCUCGCCGCGUGCCAAAAGCACAGCCGCGAAAUCGUGGGCAUCUCGCUCGCCCGCUCAGACGAGGCCGUCCGCAUUCAUUCCGUGCAGCCCUUGUUUACAGCAGGUCAGUGUCUCAGCGACGUUCGCGCCUAG